GCAUCCGAGCGUUCACCGGCCAUAAAAGCUUUGCCUUUUCAAAGCUCUCGAAGUCCCAAACACCGAUCCCGCCAUGGAUAUUUCUUGCACCACACUCUCCUCAUGGAAAUCAGCGCUGUCGAGCUACGAUAUCAGCCUCGAAUCACUUUACAAACCCGACCUCAUACCCCUCGACGCCUUCUACCGCAAGGAACUCCCUCUCCUCAUUCAGCAGCGAGAACCCCAUCCCUUCGUCACCCAGCCAGAACUCCGUCGACUGCUCCAAUGGAAGCUUUCCCGAGGAAAAUGGCGCCCUCGGCUAUUGGAGUUCGUUUCUUCACUCUCCGAAACCCUAGUGGAAUCGGCUUCCAAAAGGGCUUUCGCUUCUCUUCCUGAUCUGACCAAGGCGGUGUCCGAGCUGACAAUACUGAAGGGCGUGGGUCCGGCGACUGCAUCGGCGGUUCUUGCUGCUUAUGCGCCGGAAGUGGCUCCGUUCAUGUCAGAUGAGGCUAUGGUGGCUACAUUGGGCAAUGCUAAAGAAUAUACUCUGAAGAAGUACAUCUCUUUUGCAGAGAUCUUGCAGAAGAAGGCAAAGGAGUUAAGUACGGAGAAAGAGGCUUUCACCCCUUCAGAUGUGGAGAGGGCAUUGUGGAGCUCUGCAAUUGCCUCAAAGCUUUGUCCCGCACCAGAGGAGAAUACAGACCUUAUUCCCAAGAGAAGUGUUAAGAGAAAAAGAUCGUGAAACCAAGUAAUUCUUGUGUGCUUAUCUCGAAUUUUUUAUGCUUCCUGUAACAGUCAACCGAUGGAUAGAUGUUUUUCUGUCUGAUUUUAAUCAGUUUUUAUGC